GGAGACAGAACGCGGGCCAUCCGAAGGACCCGGCGCCGGGCGUGCAGGAGCCGCCCCGGGGCCGCGCGGGGUGGAUGUGGAGGCGCGCCGGGUGCAUGGAUUGUGCUCGGGCGCCCGGCUCGGGCUCGAGCUCCGAGCCAUGGCGCCGCCGCCGCCGGUGCUGCCCGCGCUGCUGCUUCUGGCCGCCGCCACCGCCCUGCCGGCCCUGGGGCUGCGAGCGGCCGCCUGGGACCUGCGCGUGCCCGGAGGAUCCCGCGCCUUCGCCUUGGGGCCCGGCUGGACCUACGCAUUGGACACCGCGCGCACGCCCCGGGCUCUGCGGGAACUGCUGGACGUGAGCCGAGAAGGGCGGCUGGCAGGACGGCGGCGCGGGCUAGGCGAGGGGCCUCGGGACUGCGCGCGGCUGGGGGGCCGCCCGCUGCCGCUGCACGUCCGCCUGGUAGCCCGCGGCACUCCGACGGCGUUAAGUCUUCGCCUGCAAGCGCGCGCGCAGGGUCCUGGCUGCGGAUCCCCGCCGCGGCGCCGACGGGCCCCGGGCGCGGAGCUGCGCGCGCGGGCAGUGCUCACGGUUCCCGAGUUCGGAGGGGCGCUCUGCUUUCCAGCCCCCGGCGGCGGCGCGGCUACGCUGCACUCGGCGCUCGCGGCCCUCACCAGCUUCCCCGCCUGCAGCUGCUCGGCCCGGCCCGAGCCCCACUGCCCAGCCGGCCCCAUCUGCCUGCCGCCUGGCAGCUCGAUCCGCCUGCGCCUUCUGUGCGCCCUGCGGCGCGCUGCCGGCACCGUCCGGGUGGAGCUGGUGCUGGAAGCGGCCGCCGCGGGGACGCCCUCCGCGUUGCCGUCGCCGCGGUCGUCGCCAAGCCUGCCUCCAGCCGGCGUGGCGAUGGCGCGACGGGCCCGGCGGGGCGCGGGCGGCAGCACGAGCCCGCAGUUCCCGCUGCCUAGUUACCAGGUGUCGGUGCCGGAGAACCAGCCGGCGGGCACCGCGGUCAUCGAACUGCGCGCGCACGAUCCCGACGCGGGCGAGGCGGGGCGCCUGAGCUACCAGAUGGAGGCGCUGUUUGACGAACGCUCCAACGGCUACUUCCUCAUCGACUCCGACACCGGCGCGGUGAGCACGGCCCGCGCGCUGGACCGCGAGACCAAGGACACGCACGUCCUCAAGGUGAGCGCCGUGGAUCACGGCUCUCCGCGGCGCUCGGCCGCCACCUACCUCACCGUCACGGUCAGCGACACCAACGACCACAGCCCGGUUUUCGAGCAGUCCGAAUACCGCGAGCGUGUUCGCGAGAACCUCGAGGUGGGCUACGAGGUGCUCACCAUCCGCGCCACCGACGGCGACGCGCCCUCCAACGCCAACAUGCGCUACCGCCUCCUGGAGGGCGCAGGCGGCAUCUUCGAGAUCGACGCGCGCUCGGGCGUGGUGCGCACCCGGGCGGUGGUGGACCGGGAGGAGGCGGCCGAGUACCGGCUGCUGGUGGAGGCCAACGACCAGGGCCGUAACCCCGGCCCGCUCAGCGCCACGGCCACCGUGCACAUCGUCGUGGAGGACGAGAACGACAACUACCCCCAGUUCAGCGAGAAGCGCUAUGUGGUGCAGGUGCCCGAGGACGUGGCGGUCAACACCGCAGUGCUGCGCGUGCAGGCCACGGACAGGGACCAAGGUCAGAACGCGGCCAUCCACUACAGCAUCGUCAGCGGGAACCUGAAGGGGCAGUUCUACCUGCACUCUCUGAGUGGGAGCCUGGACGUGAUCAACCCGCUGGACUUUGAGGCCAUCCGGGAGUACACGCUGCGCAUCAAGGCACAGGACGGGGGCCGGCCUCCGCUCAUCAAUUCCUCGGGGCUGGUCGCCGUGCAGGUGCUGGACGUGAAUGACAACGCGCCCAUCUUCGUGAGCAGCCCCUUCCAGGCCGCGGUGCUGGAGAACGCGCCCCUGGGCUACUCUGUGCUGCACAUUCAGGCUGUGGAUGCCGACGCGGGGGAGAACGCCCGUCUGCGCUACCGGCUGGUGGACACGGCCUCCGCGGGCGCUGGGUCUGAGAGCGCCGCUGCCACCAUGGGCUUCCCCUUCCAGAUCCACAACAGCUCGGGCUGGAUCACGGUGUGUGCCGAGUUGGACCGGGAGGAGGUGGAGCGCUACAGCUUCGCGGUGGAGGCGGUGGACCAUGGCUCGCCCCCCAUGAGCUCCUCUGCCAGCGUCUCCAUCACGGUGCUGGAUGUAAACGACAACGACCCGGUGUUCACGCAGCCCGUGUACGAGCUUCGUCUGAACGAGGACGCUGCUGUGGGAAGCAGCGUGCUGACCCUGCGGGCCGAUGACCGCGACGCCAACAGCGUGAUCACCUACCAGCUCACGGGUGGCAAUACCCGCAACCGGUUUGCGCUCAGCAGCCAGAGCGCGGGCGGCCUCAUCACCCUCGCGCUGCCGCUGGACUACAAGCAAGAGCGGCAGUACGUGCUGGCGGUGACUGCGUCGGACGGCACGCGCUCACACACUGCACAGGUGUUCAUCAACAUCACCGACGCCAACACCCACCGGCCGGUCUUCCAGAGCUCCCACUACACGGUCAGUGUCAGCGAGGACCGGCCUGUGGGCACCUCCAUCGCCACCAUCAGCGCCACGGAUGAGGACACGGGCGAGAAUGCCCGCGUCACGUAUGUGUUGGAGGACCCUGUGCCCCAGUUCCGCAUUGACCCUGACACUGGCACCAUCUACACCACCACGGAGCUGGACUAUGAGGACCAGGCUGCUUACACGCUGGCCAUUACGGCUCGGGACAAUGGCAUCCCUCAGAAGUCGGACACAACCUCCCUGGAGAUCCUUAUUCUGGAUGCCAACGACAAUGCCCCCCAGUUCCUGCGGGAUUUCUACCAGGGCUCCGUUUUUGAGGAUGCACCGCCAUCAACCAGCGUCCUCCAGGUCUCUGCCACAGACCGGGACUCGGGCCCCAAUGGUCGUCUGCUGUACACCUUCCAGGGUGGGGACGAUGGGGAUGGAGACUUCUACAUCGAGCCCACAUCCGGGGUGAUCCGCACCCAGCGCCGGCUGGACCGGGAGCACGUGGCUGUGUACAACCUCCGGGCUCUGGCUGUGGAUAGGGGCAGCCCAGCUCCACUAAGCGCUGUGGUGGAAAUCCAGGUGACUGUCUUGGACAUUAACGACAACCCCCCUGUGUUUGAGAGAGAUGAACUGGAGCUGUUUGUAGAAGAGAACAGCCCAGUGGGGUCGGUGGUGGCGAGGAUUCGUGCGGAUGAUCCCGACGAAGGCCCCAAUGCCCAGAUCAUGUAUCAGAUUGUGGAAGGCAAUGUGCCGGAGGUCUUCCAGCUGGACCUGCUGAGUGGGGACCUGCGUGCUCUGGUCGAGCUGGACUUUGAGGUCCAGCGGGAGUACGUGUUGGUGGUACAGGCCACGUCAGCCCCGCUGGUGAGCCGGGCCACGGUGCACAUCCGCCUCCUGGACCAGAACGACAACCCGCCAGUGUUACCCGACUUCCAGAUCCUCUUCAACAACUACGUCACCAAUAAGUCCAACAGCUUCCCCACCGGCGUGAUAGGCCGCAUCCCCGCCCGUGACCCUGACCUGUCUGACAGCCUCAACUACACCUUCCUGCAGGGCAAUGAGCUUCACCUCCUGCUGCUGGACCCGUCCACGGGGGAGCUGCAGCUCAGCAAGGACCUGGACAACAACCGGCCGCUGGAGGCCCUCAUGGAGGUGUCUGUGUCUGACGGCGUCCACAGUGUCACGGCCCUUUGUACCCUGCGUGUCACCAUCAUCACGGACGACAUGCUCACCAACAGCAUCACUGUGCGCCUGGAGAACAUGUCGCAGGAGAAGUUCCUGUCCCCGCUGCUGGCCCUCUUUGUGGAGGGGGUGGCCACAGUGCUGUCCACCACUAAGGACGAUGUCUUCGUCUUCAACAUCCAGAACGACACGGACGUCAGCACCAACAUCCUGAACGUGACCUUCUCGGCGCUGCUGCCCGGCGGCGUGCAUGGCCAGUUCUUCCCGUCAGAGGACCUGCAGGAGCACAUCUACCUGAACCGCACGCUGCUGACCACUAUCUCCACGCAGCGCGUGCUGCCCUUUGACGACAACAUCUGCCUGCGGGAGCCGUGCGAGAACUACAUGAAGUGUGUGUCGGUGCUGCGCUUCGACAGCUCGGCGCCCUUCCUCAGCUCCACCACCGUGCUCUUCCGGCCCAUCCACCCCAUCAACGGGCUACGAUGCCGCUGUCCACCCGGCUUCACGGGCGACUACUGCGAGACGGAGAUCGACCUCUGCUACUCCAGCCCCUGCGGCACCAAUGGCCGCUGCCGCAGCCGCGAGGGGGGCUACACCUGUGAGUGCUUCGAGGACUUCACAGGAGAGCACUGCGAGGUGAACGCCCGCUCUGGCCGCUGUGCCAACGGCGUGUGCAAGAAUGGGGGCACCUGCGUGAACCUGCUCAUCGGCGGCUUCCACUGCGUGUGCCCCCCCGGCGAGUACGAGCGGCCCUACUGUGAGGUCAGCACCAGGAGCUUCCCGCCGCAGUCCUUCGUCACCUUCCGGGGCCUGCGGCAGCGUUUCCACUUCACCCUGUCACUCGCGUUUGCCACCCGAGAGAGGGACGCCCUGCUGCUCUACAAUGGCCGCUUCAAUGAGAAGCACGACUUCAUCGCCCUGGAGAUCGUGGAGGAACAGCUGCAGCUCACCUUCUCCGCAGGUGAGACGACGACGACUGUGGCGCCGCAGGUCCCCGGGGGCGUGAGUGACGGGCGGUGGCACUCCGUGCAGGUGCAGUACUACAACAAGCCCAACAUUGGCCGCCUGGGCCUGCCCCACGGACCAUCUGGGGAGAAGGUGGCUGUGGUGACAGUGGAUGACUGUGACACAGCCAUGGCUGUGCGCUUUGGAAGCUAUGUCGGGAACUACAGCUGUGCUGCCCAGGGCACUCAGAGCGGCUCCAAGAAGUCCCUGGAUCUCACAGGGCCUCUGCUCCUGGGGGGCGUCCCCAACCUGCCAGAGGACUUCCCGGUGCACAACCGGCAGUUUGUGGGCUGCAUGCGAAACCUCUCAGUGGACGGCAAACACGUGGACAUGGCUGGAUUCAUCGCCAACAACGGCACCAGGGCAGGCUGUGCUGCUCAGAGGAACUUCUGUGAUGGGACCUGGUGUCAGAAUGGGGGCACCUGUGUCAGCAGAUGGGACACGUACCUGUGUGAGUGUCCGCUGCGGUUUGGCGGGAAGAACUGUGAGCAAGAAGGAUUCUCAGAGGCCCGCCUGAGUCUGGAGGUGCCUGAGGUCCCCGGACCUGUGCCCGCAGCCAUGCCCCAUCCCCAGCGCUUCAGUGGCGAGAGUAUCGUGUCCUGGAGCGACCUGGACAUCACCAUCUCUGUGCCCUGGUACCUGGGGCUCAUGUUCCGGACCCGGAAGGAGGACGCGGUGCUGAUGGAGGCCACAGCCGGCCUGUCCUCCAGGCUCCAUCUGCAGAUCCUCAACAACUACAUCCAGUUUGAGGUGUCCCAUGGUCCCUCGGACGUGGCGUCCAUGAGGCUGUCCAGGUCACGUGUCACUGACGGGGAGUGGCAUCACCUGCUGAUAGAGCUGAAGAGUGCCAAGGAGGGCAAGGACAUCAAGUACCUGGCAGUCAUGACCCUGGACUAUGGGAUGGACCAGAACACAGUACAGAUCGGGAACCAGCUUCCUGGGUUGAAGAUGAAGAGCGUGGUGGUCGGGGGCCUGUCUGAGGACAAGGUCUCCGUGCACCGUGGGUUCCGAGGCUGCAUGCAGGGGGUGAGAAUGGGGGAGACAGCCACCAACAUCGCCACCCUGAACAUGAAUGACGCCCUCAAGGUCAGGGUGAAGGAUGGCUGUGAAGUGGAGGACCCUUGUGCCUCGAGCCCCUGCCCUCAGCACAGCCGCUGCCACGACGCUUGGGACAGCUACUCCUGCGUGUGUGACAGAGGGUACUUUGGAAGGAAGUGUGUGGACGCGUGUCACCUGAACCCCUGUGAGCACGUGGCGGCCUGCGUGCGUGUCCCCGGCUCCCCUCGCGGGUACGAGUGCGAGUGUGCGCCCAGCCGCUACGGACGCUACUGUGAGAGCAGAAUCGACCUUCCAUGCCCCAAAGGCUGGUGGGGGAACCCUGUCUGUGGACCCUGCCACUGUGCUGUCAGCAAAGGUUUUGACCCCGACUGCAAUAAGACCAGUGGCCAGUGCCAGUGCAAGGAGAAUUACUACAAGCCCCCCUCCCAGGAUGCCUGCCUGCCCUGUGACUGCUUCUCCCACGGCUCCCACAGCCGCGCUUGUGACAUGGACACUGGGCAGUGUGCCUGCAAGCCUGGUGUCAUCGGCCGCCAGUGCAACCGCUGUGACAACCCCUUUGCCGAGGUCACCACACUUGGCUGUGAAGUGAUCUACAGUGGAUGUCCCAGAGCAUUUGAGGCCGGCAUCUGGUGGCCGCAGACCAAGUUCGGGCAGCCCGCCGCAGUGCCAUGUCCCAAGGGAUCUGUGGGAAACGCAGUUCGACACUGCAGCAGCGAAAAGGGCUGGCUGCCCCCCGAGCUCUUCAACUGCACCACUGUCUCCUUCAUGGACCUCAGAGUCAUGGACGACAAGCUGAGCCGCAACAAGACGCAGCUGGAUGGCGCCGGGGCACUGCGGCUGGUGAAGGCACUGCGAAACGCCACACAGCACACCGAUGCUCUCUUUGGCACUGACGUGCGCACGGCCUACCGGCUGCUGGCCCAGGUCCUGCAGCACGAGAGCCAGCAGCAGGGCUUCGACCUGGCGGCCACCCAGGAUGCCAACUUCCACGAGGAUGUGGUCCACUCGGGCAGUGCCCUCCUGGCUCCGGCCACCAGGGCCGCGUGGGAGCAGAUCCAUCGUAGCGAGGGGGGCGCGGCACAGCUGCUGAGGCACUUUGAGGCCUACUUCAGCAACGUGGCGCGGAACGUGCGGAGGACCUACCUGAGGCCUUUUGUCAUCGUCACCACCAACAUGAUCCUUGCUGUCGACAUCUUCAACAAGUUCAACUUCACGGGAGCCAGAGUGCCUCGCUUUGAGAACAUUCGAGACGAAUUCCCCAGGGAGCUGGAGUCCUCCCUCUCCUUCCCAGCCGACUUCUUUAAACCACCUGAGAAAAAAGAAAGCCCCGUGGUCAGGCUGGCCGGCCGGAGGUCCCUCCCAGCAACCGUGGGCCCAGGGCCCAGCACCAAGGGGGAGGCCCACGUCAGCCGGCGGCGGAGACACCCGGAUGACCCCAGCCAGUUUGCUGUCGCCCUGGUCAUCAUUUACAGGACCUUGGGGAAGCUCUUGCCAGAACGCUAUGACCCUGACCGCCGAAGUCUCAGGCUGCCCAACCGGCCCGUCAUCAACACACCAGUGGUGAGCUCCAUGGUGUACAGUGAGGGCGCCCCGCUCCCAAGCACCCUGGAGAGGCCCGUCCUGGUGGUGCUCACCCUGCUGGAGACGGAGGAGCGCACCAAGCCCGUCUGUGUGUUUUGGAACCACUCCCUGGCCAUUGGAGGGACCGGAGGGUGGUCUGCCAAGGGCUGUGAGCUCCUGUCCAGGAACCGGACUCACGUGCUGUGUCAGUGCAGCCACAUGGCCAGCGUCGCGGUGCUCAUGGACAUCUCCAGGCGUGAGCAUGGGGAGGUCCUGCCGGUGAAGGCCGUCACGUACGCCGCCGUGGCCUUGUCGCUAGCGGCCUUGCUGGUGGCCUUCAUGCUCCUGGCACUGGUCCGCACGCUGCGCUCCAACCUGCACAGCAUCCACAGGAACCUGAUCGCGGCGCUGUCCCUCACCCAGCUGGUCUUCGUGCUUGGGAUCCACCAGACGGAGAACCAGUUCCUGUGUACUGUGGUCGCCGUCCUCCUGCACUACGUCUACAUGAGCGCCUUUGCCUGGGUGCUGGUGGAAGGCCUACACGUGUACCGCAUGCUGACUGAGGCCCGCAACAUCGAUGCCGGGCCCAUGAGGUUCUACUACGUCGUGGGCUGGGGCAUCUCCGCCAUCGUCACAGGAUUGGCAGUUGGCCUAGACCCCCAGGGCUAUGGGAACCCCGACUUCUGCUGGCUGUCCCUUCAAGACACCCUGAUUUGGAGUUUUGCUGGGCCCAUCGGAGCAGUUAUAAUUAUCAAUACAGUCAUUUUUGUCCUGUCUGUAAGGGUGUCCUGCCAAAGGAAGCACCAUUAUUAUGAAAGAAAGGGUGUCGUUCCCCUGCUGAGGACGGCCUUCCUCCUGCUGCCGCUGGUCAGUGCCACCUGGCUGCUAGGGCUGCUGGCGGUGAACAGCGACGUGCUGGCCUUUCACUACCUCUUCGCCAUCUUCAGCUGCUUGCAGGGCCUCUUCGUCCUCCUCUUCCACUGCGUGCUCAGCAGGGAGGUCCGGAAGCACCUGAAGGGGGUGCUCACCGGGAAGAAGCUGCACCCGGAUGACUCGGCCACCACCAGGGCCACCCUGCUUACACGCUCCCUUAACUGCAACAACACCUACAGUGAUGGGCCUGACAUGCUGCGCACAGCCCUGGGCGAGUCCACCGCCUCACUGGACAGCACCAUCAGGGACGAAGGGGUCCAGAAGCUCAGUGUGUCCUCUGGGCCAGCACGGGGUGGUCAUGGAGAGCCAGAUUCGUCCUUCAUCCCCAGGAAGCCCCACGGCCACGACUCAGACUCAGAUAGCGAGCUGUCCCUGGAUGAGCACAGCAGCUCCUAUGCCUCCUCACAUUCGUCAGACAGCGAGGAUGACGGGGCGGAGGCCCAAGACAGUUGGGACCCAACCCGGGGCCCUAUCCACAGCACCCCCAAAGGGGAUGCUGUGGCCAACCACAUCCCAGCUGGCUGGCCUGACGAGAGCCUGGCGGGUAGUGACAGUGAGGGCCCUGGUGGUCAGCCCCACCUGAAGGUGGAGACCAGGGUCAGUGUGGAGCUGCACCGGGAGGAGCAGGACAGUCACUGUGGGGACCGUACCCCAGACACCGAGAGUGAGGUCACAGCCAGGCCUGCUCAGCAGCCCCCAGAGCAGAGGAAAGGCAUCUUGAAAAACAAGGGCACCUACCCACCGCCGCUGACAGAGCAGACACUGAAGGGCAGGCUCCGCGAGAAGCUGGCAGACUGUGAGCAGAGCCCUGCGUCAUCGCGCACGUCCUCCCUGGGCUCCGACUGCGCCAUCACCAUCAAGAACCCACGGCGGGAGCCCGGCCGUGAGCACCUCAACGGGAUGGCAAUGAACGUGCGCACCGGGAGCGCCCAGGCCAAUGGCUCUGACUCUGAAGGCAGUAACGAAACUUCAAUUUGAAUCAUCAGGAAACCAUGAGGCAAGCUAUCACCGCUAUACAGCGUGCUGCGUCGUACAGCCCUGGGAUCUUGGAGCCCGAGGGACCACUGCCCAUGGACUGAAGCAGGGCCUGGGUAUGGGAGGUCCUCCCAGUGGCCACCCCACAACUGACAGUCCAGACAGACAGCCCUCAGAUCUCCCAGGGGCUCAGGGUUAGUCAGACCCUGUGACAAGUGCCAAAGCCCAUAGGUGCGAGGGACGUGUGGACUGCUCAGCUGGCCGGCAUGGUCCUUGGACUGCAUACAGCCAAAACCGCACUGCUGGCCUCUCUGUGAGCAGACCACACAGUUCAUGGAUGCUGGGCACAGACCAAAGACUGAGGUCUGGCUGCCGUGCAUGCAUCUCCCUGUAGGACGGGCACACGGCCAGCAGCCUGGACAGCCCUUUGUGAAGGCACCCUUGUCUUAAGGCAGACUGCUAUGCUGAAAAGGUGCAGAUACUUUUAUAUAUUUGUAGGGGACUCUGAGCAGGUGAAAACCUAUGUAUAUUUUGUUGAUACUGGGAGAUCCGUGGCAUGAUCUCUUAUUUCUUAUGUAAGGAAGCUUGCACAGUUGUACUUGAAUCUGGCAUGCAUGGACACAACUGGUGUCCAGACAGAACAAAGGUGGAAAGUACGUUAGUGGUGAGGUUAAAACUGAGUCAUACAAAGUUCCUGCUAGGGGCCCGUGCGCAUCUCCGCGGGUCUUCCAAACACCCAGCGUGUUUGCUGUUGCAUGCGUUUGCCCUGAGGGGUAGGUCCAAGAUAGGGAGGUGUGGGAUUGGGCAGGCCAGUGUGGAAAGCAGUCACCACACAACUAGUUUCACAGCCAGUCAUUUCCUGACUGCCACCUCCACCCCCUGCCAGCCCCCACUGUGGGCCUGGCGCCCUCGCUGGAGCCCUUCCCAGAUAGCACAGGGCUGCAGGUGGGGACUUCCUCUGUCCCUGUGUUCUUGCCCCUGGUGGGAUCUUGACGUGUUCACAAGUUCCCAAUUCAGAUGGAGGCAUGAGGUCUUCCAAGAUGUCACAUUCCUUCCUGCCAAUUUUCUCGCUGAGACUCCAAGGAUCUCCAGGCAGGCGGGGGUCCCACCCCCCAGAGUCUGACCAAUUACUUCAUUUUGCUUCAAAUGGCCAAUUGUGAAGAGGGACAAAGCCACAGCCAUACUUUUCAAUGGUUACCAAACUGUUUUUGGAAACUCAUACCAAGGACUGGCUCUAACUGUCCCAUUGUGGGCAGCUGGCGCAGCGAGGCCCAGAGGGCUGUGGAGUGGAGCCCAGAACUUCAGACACAUUUGAUUCCACUGUUUCCUUUGUUCUUCAGAUCAGGUGCCCAAAUAAAUGAUCAACACAGCUGCUUCCAAAUAUGGGCAACCACAAAAUAAGAUGAGAUCAAAUAAAACGGAAAGAUUUCCAUACGGUCUUGUUUUACUCAGAUAAAAAUGUGAGCCUUGUCCACAGACGCCUGCACAGGAGAGAAGCAUUCUUGACGCAGUCUAAGGGGGUGAAAUGGGACCCACGUCCUCAGAUCUGAAUGAAUUACAAAUGUGCCUUAACAGGUGAGUGGCCGUCUGAAGACACACAAUGAUGGUCUCUUCAGAUGUCUGCCACUGACUGGAUGUUUCCCAAGGAUGAAGAGGUUUUGCUAUUUCCAAGCCUUUGAGCACCCCACCUUCACAUCAUCACUUACUGUUCUGCAGCUGAUUUCGCCCUUGAGUUUUUAAUUUGAUCAGAACUGUUACCAAAAAACAAUUGUCAGUUUUACUAAGACAGGAAAAAUAUAAACCUAUUUUUACUACUUAAGACUUUAUGACAGAGAUUACACACUGGAGGUUUUUAACAAAUGUGUAUUUAUUAAUGUUAAAACACUGGAAUUACCACCCAAGUGAGAAGCGUCUACAAUAAAUUAAGAUUUUUGAAUUUGUA